AUACACCUUUUCCUCUCUUUUCUUAUUAAAUUGUGAUAGUUUUGUCUAAAUAACAAUUUCAAUUUUAUAAAGAGGAUGGAUAUUGACACAACAGUUUCGACUGUAGCAGCUGUAUUAGGAGGCUUUAUUUUAUUAUAUGGAGUGUGCUCUCUUGUAAUUAAAGAGAAGCUUUAUAUAUCAGAAGCAUCUGUUGCUAUUUUAUGCGGCAUUUUAUGUGGACCGGUAGGAUUCAACCUUAUCAACAUUGAUGACUGGGUUUAUAAAGAGGAUGUGUCACGACAAUUUACACGAAUUGUAAUAGCCAUCCAAGUCAUGGCUGCUGGUGUUUCUUUACCCAAGGCUUACUUACGAAAGGAAUACAAGUCGUUGCUGAUUUUAUUGGGACCUGUUAUGGUCUUUAUGUGGGUUGUGAGUGGCCUUUGCGUUUGGUAUUUCAUUCCCGGUUUAAGUUUUCUGGAGGCACUCAUGAUUGCGUCUUGCUUUACGCCUACGGACCCUGUUUUGGCGAACUCUAUUGUUCAAGGCUAUUUUGCAGAGCAGCAUGUGCCGCCUAAUAUUCGCCAUUUAAUCGUUGCAGAGAGCGGUGCUAAUGACGGCCUGGGAUAUCCGUUCUUAUUUUUGGCCAUUUAUCUUAUUCAGAUGGCUACAGCUGGCGACGCAGUUCUUAAAUGGUCCUGGUAUAUUAUGGGAUACGAAAUUGGUUUCUCCAUUGUUAUUGGAUUUGCCGUGGGAUAUGUCGCCAGAAAAACCUUGCGGUUUUCCGAAGAAAGAAACUGGAUUGAUAAGGAAUCGUUUUUGGUUUAUGCAAUUGCCUUAUCUUUAUUUUUGAUGGGUUCUGUCGGGCUGUUAGGAAGUGAUGAUCUUUUGGCUUGCUUUAUUGCAGGAAACUCAUUUACAUGGGAUGAUUGGUUUAGAACUGAAACAGAAAAUGCACACUUGACAGAAGUGAUCGACAUGCUUUUAAAUCUUAGUAUAUUUGUCUAUAUUGGUCUAACCAUGCCUUGGUCUGCAUUCAAUAGUCUCGAGACAAAUUUGACUAUUUGGAAAUUACUGGGACUCGCAGCCGCUGUAUUAUUAUUUAGAAGGUUACCCAUCAUCCUAGGAUUGUACAAAUAUAUACCCGCGAUUUCAAACUGGCGACAGGCCAUAUUUAUGGGGUGGUUUGGUCCCAUGGGUGUAGGCGCAUUAUUUUAUUACACAAUUGCUAUCCAGUUUUUUGAAACAGACGGAGAAAAUGCGUAUGCCAGACUCGUUAUUGAACCGAUUAUUUAUUUCAUUAUAUUAUCUUCUGUGGUCAUCCAUGGUAUCACAAUACCUAUAUUUUUCUUGGGAUCUUUUGCCACACGGACGCUCACUAAAACAAAUUCAAAAUCAUCCUCUUUACCCAAUGAGGUAAGUGUCAUACAGAUUAUGUCAGAAAGUUUAUUCUGAUGAUAUUGUUUUUUUUUUAUAGACCUCCUUAUGUGACGAAUCU